AUGCAUCUUAUGUACUCUCUGGGCCCUGAUGGCAAGCGGGUUUACACCCUGAAGAAGGUCACCGAGGAUGGUCGCGUUACCAAGAGUGCUCACCCCGCCCGUUUCUCUCCCGAUGACAAGUACUCCCGUCACCGUGUGACCCUCAAGAAGAGAUAUGGUCUCCUUCUGACCCAGCAAGUCGACAAGGAGGCUGCUAAGCUGUAA